AUGGCUCUCUGGGUGGGCGCCGGGUCGGCCACCCUGCUGGCUGGCAGGUGCCUCCUGCAGCCUGGGCCGAGCGGCGGCCUCCUGGGCGCGCUGUCCACCCGCGGCAAGGCCCGCGGCAACGAGUACCAGCCCAGUAACCUGAAACGCAAGCACAAGCACAGCUGGGUCCGGCUCCUGAGCACGGCAGCCGGUGUGCAGGUGCUGCUGCGCCGCAUGCUCAAGGGCCACAAGUAGCUGAGCCACUGA